AUGUUCAACCAGUUGAUGACGGAAUACCAAAUCCAUUUGAGCGGUACUGGUUUUCAAGAAUUAACUCCAGAAGAAGACCUUACCAGACCAGGUCCUAGCAGUAGAGCAAGAUCCAAUUCAACUAGCUCGAAAUCAUCUUCAAGUUCAUCAUCUUCAAGUUCAUCAUCAACAAGUUCAUCUACAUCAUCUUCAUCUAGUGCGUCUGAAUCGGGUAAGGACUUUUCCCCUGAUGAGGCAGAUUGUGAUGCUGAUUAUGUACCAACAACCCCACCUAGGCGUGUAUUAUUUAGCCCAACUCCUCAAAAUAGUAUCUCUGUACAACUAGUUGAUGAAAAUAAUUUGGGUCCUCCAGAACAAAACAGAACUCCGAACAAACGAAGGCGUAAAGGAUUUCCAAAAGCAUCCGUGAGGCAAGAUGCUAAAAGACUUCGUAAUAGUGGGCAACAACAUACUUCUGUGUCCCAGUUAAAAAAAGUCAUGCCAAAGAAGCAGAUAGGACCCCCAUGUGGGGAAAAAUGUAGACUAAAGUGCAGCGAAUUGAUCAAACAGGAAGGCAGAUAA